AUGGAGUGCCCCUUCCCCAGCCCGCCCUGGGGCGUCUGUGCCGACGGCCUGCAGGGCAACCUCUCCGGCCCCGACCACAGCCUGCUGCCGCCUGAGUUGCUGCUCAACGUCAGCCACGGCGCCUUCCUGCCCCUCGGGCUCAAGGUCACCAUCGUGGGGCUCUACCUGGCCGUGUGCAUCGGGGGGCUGCUGGGGAACUGCCUGGUCAUGUACGUCAUCCUCAGACACACCAAGAUGAAGACAGCCACCAACAUUUACAUCUUCAACCUGGCCCUGGCGGACACCCUGGUGCUGCUGACGCUGCCCUUCCAGGGCACAGACGUGCUCCUGGGCUUCUGGCCCUUCGGGAACGCCCUGUGCAAGAUCGUCAUCGCCAUCGACUACUACAACAUGUUCACCAGCACCUUCACCCUGACCGCCAUGAGCGUGGACCGGUACGUCGCCAUCUGCCACCCCAUCCGCGCCCUCGACGUCCGCACGUCCAGCAAGGCCCAGGCCGUCAACGUGGCCAUCUGGGCCCUGGCCUCCGUCGUCGGCAUUCCCGUGGCCGUCAUGGGCUCGGCCCAGGCCGAGGACGAAGAGAUCGAGUGCCUGGUGGAGAUCCCCGCCCCGCAGGGCUACUGGGGCCCGCUGUUCGCCGUCUGCGUCUUCCUCUUCUCCUUCGUGCUCCCCGUGCUCGUCAUCUCUGUGUGCUACAGCCUCAUGAUCCGGCGGCUGCGCGGCGUCCGCCUGCUCUCGGGCUCCCGGGAGAAGGACCGGAACCUGCGGCGCAUCACGCGGCUGGUGCUGGUGGUGGUGGCCGUGUUCGUGGGCUGCUGGACGCCCGUGCAGGUCUUCGUGCUGGUCCAGGGGCUGGGCGUCCAGCCGGGCAGCGAGACGGCGGUGGCCGUCCUGCGCUUCUGCACCGCCCUCGGCUACGUCAACAGCUGCCUGAACCCUGUGCUCUACGCCUUCCUGGACGAGAACUUCAAGGCCUGCUUCCGCAAGUUCUGCUGCGCGUCCUCCCUGCGGCGCGAGGGGCCGGCGUCCGACCGCGUGCGCAGCAUCGCCAGGGACGUGGCCCUCGCCUGCAAGACGUCCGAGACAGUGCCGCGGCCGGCGUGACUAGGCGUGGACCUGCCCCUGGGGCCCGUCAGCCCGCAGAGCCCCUCCACGCCCAACACGGAGCUC